GUGCGCUCAACAAAGACUAGUAACUUCGAUCAGCAAACUGGCGUUCCGGCGGCUGUGCCAGCACCAUCGAUGAUGUACUCGGACGGUACCGGUGGCUACAACUAUCCCCUGGAUAACUCCCAGAUGAUGACGGUGCAUGGAGCAGCAACACAAGAUAUGUCCGGUUCCGCAGCUGCUUACUGGAGCAAUCCCGGUUUGACCCAGCAUCAAGCCUACAGUCAGCUUACUCUGCCCACAAUGCCUAGCAGUUAUAGUGGUAUGGUGCAAGUGCAGGGGUCUACGGCAGAGGAUGAGUAUGCGCGAGCCUUAUCAGCAGCUGCUUCAACUGCUUAUCCAGUCCCGGUUUCUGCUUCUGUAACACCUGCUGGUGGUGAUGUGGUCGAAAUUGGCAAGGUACGAUCGUUGUAA